GUAAGGCUUGUGGAGUUGGCGAACCCUGAGGAAGGAGGGAGAGUCUGUAAAGUUCAACUGCGGCGAGGCUUUAGCAGAGGAAGAAUGAUUGAGCACACCCUCUCAUUGUGCUACCACAACAAACUCAUCUUAGCCCCUAUGGUUCGGGUAGGCACUCUCCCCAUGCGGCUGCUGGCCCUGGACUAUGGAGCGGACAUUGUAUACUGUGAGGAGCUGAUUGACCUCAAGAUGCUUCAGUGCAAGAGAGUUGUCAAUGAGGUGCUCAGCACAGUGGACUUUGUCGCUCCUGAUGACCGAGUAGUCUUCCGCACGUGCGAAAGAGAACAGAACAGGGUUGUCUUCCAGAUGGGGACUUCAGAUGCGGAGCGAGCUCUUGCUGUGGCCAGACUCGUGGAAAAUGAUGUGGCUGGUAUUGAUGUAAACAUGGGCUGUCCAAAAGAGUAUUCCACCAAGGGAGGAAUGGGAGCUGCUCUGCUAUCAGACCCUGACAAGAUUGAGAAGAUCCUCAGCACUCUUGUUAAAGGGACACGCAGACCUGUGACCUGCAAGAUUCGCAUCCUGCCGUCGCUGGAAGAUACCUUGAGCCUUGUGAAGCGGAUAGAGAGGACUGGCAUCGCUGCCGUCACAGUUCAUGGGAGGAAGCGGGAGGAACGACCUCAGCACCCUGUGAGCUGUGAAGCCAUCAAAGCCAUUGCUGAAACCCUUUCCAUCCCUGUCAUAGCCAAUGGAGGAUCUCACGACCACAUCCAAAAAUAUUUGGACAUAGAGGACUUUCGACAAGCCACAGCAGCCUCUUCGGUGAUGGUGGCCCGAGCUGCCAUGUGGAACCCAUCCAUCUUUCUCAAGGAGGGUCUGCGACCCCUGGAGGAGGUCAUGCAGAAGUACAUCCGAUAUGCCGUACAGUAUGAGAACCACUACACCAACACCAAGUACUGCUUGUGCCAGAUGCUACGAGAACAGCUGGAGUCGCCCCAGGGAAGGUUGCUCCAUGCAGCCCAGUCUUCCCAGGAAAUUUGUGAGGCCUUUGGUCUUGGUGCCUUCUAUGAGGAGAUGACACGGGAGCUAAAUACCCGGCGGGCUGAGCUCUUGGCCCGGACCCCAGAGGCUGUGGGGGAGCCAGCUGAAGACCCCUCUGGUGUCAUUAAGAUGGCUGUCAAGUUUGACCGGAGAGCAUACUCACCCCAGAUCACCCCCAAGAUGUGCCUGCUGGAGUGGUGCCGGAAGGAGAAGUUGGCACAGCCCGUGUAUGACACGGUUCAGCGCCCCCUGGAUCGCCUCUUCUGCUCUGUUGUGACUGUUGCUGAGCAAAAGUACCAGUCCACCUUGUGGGACAAGUCUAAGAAAUUGGCGGAGCAGGCUGCGGCCAUCGUCUGUCUGCGGAGCCGGGGCCUCCCUGAGGGUCGGCUGGGCGAGGAGAGCCCCUCAUGGCACAAACGCAAGCGGGAGGCCACUGACCAAGACCCUGGGGGUCCGAGAAAUCAGGAGCAAGCAGUGCCUGGGGAGUUGUGCAAGAAGCUCUUUGUGGCCUUGGGAAGUGGUGAAGAGAGCCCUCUGGAAGGCUGGUGACCAUUGUCCCUACCUUGGUCACCUGCUUCAGGAGCCUGGCCGUAAGAUGUCUUUGGGUGCAGAGUAUGAACCAGGUGCCACUGGACAGUUCUCUGACUGUUCCUGGCAGGAGUUAAGAGGUCCUGACCUGGGCCAUCAGCCUGGAGCACAGGCUAAAGGGUGCCUAGGGUGCACAUCUCUUUUGGUGGGUCUGAGUAGCAAGGCCAAAUUCCCAGUGACCUCAGUAUUUUCUUUGAAAACAGGAGCUUCUCAGGUGGCACCUCCUCAACCUGACAUUGGUACAGUGCAAUAAAGAUCCCCCUACCCUUACCCACGGCUGGCUGCUUUAGCCUUGGGCAUCUUCACACACAGACU